AUGGCGACAGCAUCGCCAACACCAAUGGCCGCUGCUGGCGUCCGAAGAGCCUCACAACGCCAGGCUCUGAGACGCCCAGCAUCUCGACAGAUGGUCAGCAGGAGCGAGAGCCAGGCUGCAGCUGCUGCCGCCGCCGUGGCCGUGGCAAGCCAAUCGCCACAUCAGCAACAAUAUCACGACGACAGCUCAGAGGAUGAGAUCCCCGUGCCUAUGAAGCUCAGUGCUCUCACCAAGGCACUGCUCAACGAUGAUGCCCCAGAUGCCGGGGACAAGGCCCCCUCCUCACCGCCACGUACAAGACGAAGAACCAGUGCAUUGAACAAUAACAAUGCAGCUUCAAAUGUCUCCGCAGCCUCCUCGCAAGAUCGACGGCAUCUGCGGUCUGGCAGUGCACAGCCUGUUGAUGACAAGGCUGCUGCAAAGGCUGCCAAUACAAGUCAAAGUCAAGAGACUAGCCCCGUUAGGAAGAGGGUUGUACGUCUGGGGAGCAACCCUCACAGCUUGAAUCAGAUGGGGCCUGGCAAGAGACGUUCUACAUCCACGUCCCGCACCACCGGCCCAAAGGCCUCUGCAUCACUACCCAGCCGGACGGGGAACUACGAACGGCCUGCAGAGGAAGAGCCAGAGUCCCAACCGGAACCGCAGCAAGAGGUCAACACUCCCUCGCAUCCCGACAGGGUAGUGCGCAUUGCCGCCGGGUCUUCUGCCAACCGAAGUCGAAUUGGCUCUUCAGGACCUUCGUCUGGACGAACCAACCUUGACCGUUCCGUGGCCGCAGACAGAUCACACCUGGAAGCCGAGUAUGAUCAGUCAGAAGCACCCGAGAGUGCGGUGCGAAACAACCCUGGCAGCCAUGGCAGUGCGUCACGAUACCCGUCCACGCGGAGUCGCCCAGACGACCUAAACUUGCAGAGCUCCAUGCGAGUGAAGCGAGUUGGUAAGUUGUCAGGGAGCUUCCUUAGUGGCCCUGCGAGAAGAGGCAGACGGCGUCAAAGCGAUGAGGACGGUGGUGAAGGCAAUGCAGAAGGCGAGAAUGGUGCUCCCAACCAUGAACCGGAUCACGGCCACCCGCCGGCAGAGGAGGUGCCCGAGUCGUCCAUCUACCACGAGGCGAACCAGGAGUUUAACUCGGGAAGCCCUGUUAGCGGCAGUGCUGCUCGAGCUAGUCAUAGGAGACAGGCAUCUGGUAUCGAAGUGCCCGACCUUGGUUCGUCCCGGCGCUCAUCUCGAGGCGUUCAGUUCGAGGCCCGGCGCGACGACCACAUCACCGUGCCAGAGGCCAUGCUCCCCAAACGCAUCGAGAUUCCCUCGGCAAACGACCAGGAGAAUGAGUACCCCAUUACCUUUAAGCGGCCGAUCAAGGUUGCCGCAGACCAAGGACCGCAGAAGCCGGUUGUCCGACAGGUGCACGUUGAUCUUGGCAACGCAAAGCCAGCCUCGCCAGAGAGGAAACCAUUGGCAUCUAUUGUCAACAACACACCACACCGAUCUGCCGCCGCCCCUCCUCCACCGCCCAAGAUGUCCGUCUUGGAGGCGGCGACGUCGACGGCCGGUGCUGCUGCCACUACUACACAGGCCAAGCAGCGCCGCAACGUUCUCCGGGUCAAUGGAAAAUGCUACACCAGGCUGGAGUGUCUGGGCCGCGGCGGCAGCGCCAAGGUGUACCGAGUGACCGCUGAAAACGGCAAGAUGUUUGCGCUGAAACGAGUCGCCCUCGAGAACGCCGACGAGAGCGCCCUCAAGGGCUACAGGGGAGAGAUUGACCUCUUGGGCAAGCUCAAGGACGUGGAUCGUGUCAUUGACUUGUACGACCACGAGCUGAACUCUGAGAAACAAGUUCUUACUUUGCUUAUGGAGAUGGGUGAGCUGGACUUGAACAAGCUCAUCACGUCUCGACAAAACCCUGAGUCCGCGAGGUUUGACCCCGUCUUUACGCGCUUCUACUGGAAAGAAAUGCUCGAGUGUCUGCAAUCGGUGCACCAGUACGAGAUUGUCCACUCGGACCUCAAGCCAGCCAACUUUGUCGUCGUGCAGGGCCGUCUCAAGCUCAUUGACUUUGGCAUCGCCAACGCCAUCCAAACCGACGAGACGGUCAAUGUCCACCGCGAGACCCUCAACGGCACGCCAAACUACAUGUCGCCCGAGUCGCUGAUGGACUCCAACAACCCCCGCGGAGGACGCAUGCCAGGCCGUCCCAGGCUAGUGAAGCUCGGCAAACCCAGCGACAUUUGGUCCCUCGGCUGCAUCCUGUACCAAAUGGUCUACGGCGUCCUUCCCUUUGGCCACAUUGCCAACCCAAUGGCCCGGUGCCAAGCCAUCAUCAACUGGGACCACACCAUAGAGUUCCCAUCCCGCGCUGUCGGAGGCGUGCCCGUUCCGCCGUCCCUGCUUCGCACAAUGAAGCGCUGUCUCAACAGGGAUCACCACAUGCGUCCUACGUGCGAGGAACUCCUCCACCCAUCCGACCCGUUCCUCUACCCCGCCGAGUUUAAUGAAAAGGCUCUGCCCAUUGACGAGGACCUGCUUGGUAGAAUCAUCCAGAGCGUCGUCACUCGAUGUCGCGAACGAAUGCCCACCGAGUCGGAGAGCGCAAGCGUCUGGCCCCAAGCGUAUUGGACGAGUAUACGCAAGGCAAUGGCCGGGAGGAUGUAG